UUCCCGUCAAACAGGUACGGGGGCGGGGCUGCGUUUCCCCGGCGCGCACUGGGACGAGGGGGGAGGAGGCGGGGUCGCGGUCGCUUCCUCGGGAGCGCCACCCGACAACCGGGGGCCAUGGGUGCGACGCCUUCAGACAGAGAACACACAGAAAAAGAAGAGCAAAAAGAAGAUAACAAUAGCACCGAAUGCAGCAAACUAGGAAUCAUGGAUCUAAAAUUUACUUCUUCAAGAAAAUACAUUUCCAUCAGUGUACCUUCCAAAUCUCAAACUAUGUCUCCUCAUAUCAAAUCAGUAGAUGAUGUUGUAGUUCUUGGCAUGAAUCUCAGCAAGUUUAACAAACCUACUCAAUUUUUCAUCUGUGUUUCUGGAGUUUUUAUGUUUUAUCUAAUCUAUGGAUAUUUACAGGAAUUGAUAUUUUCAGUGGAAGGUUUUAAACCUUUUGGUUGGUACCUCACUUUAGUGCAAUUUGGAUUUUAUUCCAUUUUUGGACUAAUAGAAUUGCAGUUGAUUCAGGACAAAAGGAGAAGAAUUCCUGGCAAAACCUACAUGAUAAUAGCGUUUUUAACAGUGGGAACUAUGGGUUUGUCAAAUACCUCUUUAGGAUAUCUGAAUUACCCUACUCAAGUCAUCUUCAAGUGCUGUAAACUGAUUCCAGUUAUGAUAGGUGGGGUUUUUAUACAAGGAAAACGUUAUAACAUUGCAGAUGUGUCUGCUGCCCUAUGUAUGAGUCUUGGAUUAAUAUGGUUUACUUUAGCUGACAGCACAGUUGCACCAAACUUCAACUUCACAGGUGUGGUCCUAAUAUCCCUUGCCCUCUGCGCAGAUGCAGUUAUAGGAAACGUACAGGAAAAAGCUAUGAAGUUGCACAAUGGUUCUAAUUCAGAAAUGGUUUUGUAUUCCUAUUCAAUAGGUUUUGUGUAUAUUUUAUUUGGAUUAAUAUGCACUAGUGGAUUAAGCCCUGCAGUAACAUUUUGCUCAAAGCAUCCAGUUCAGACUUACGGUUAUGCAUUCCUUUUCUCCCUGACUGGGUAUUUUGGCAUAUCCUUUGUUCUAGCUCUGAUUAAAAUCUUUGGUGCCCUUCUGGCUGUAACAGUAACAACAGGAAGAAAAGCAAUGACCAUUGUGCUUUCUUUCUUGUUCUUUGCAAAGCCGUUCACAUUACAAUAUGUGUGGUCAGGCUUACUGGUUGUCCUUGGUAUAUUUCUGAAUGUUUACAGUAAGAAUAUGGAUAAAAUCAAACUGCCUUUACUGCAUGGUCUCUGGAAAAAAAAUGUGGAAGAAAGAAAAACAAGGACGUUGUCACAAACUGUAUAGACAGUGGUUUAUGCCUUGUCUAGACUGUGACUUACUAUUAUUUUAUUGGAACAGUCUUCAACUGAUUCACUUUCCAAAGGGAACAUUAUUAAAACCAAAGGAGCUGAAGGCAUAUUGUCUGCUUGCAGAUUGCUAGAAGUGCACACUUUUGUGAGCCCUUUCUUCAGAGCACUUGAAUUCAUUGGUAAAGGUGUCGUAGGCCAUUGUCAGAUGGCACUGUCAGGCAAUGAAGGACAACAGCUCCUGGCAAACGGUUGAGAAGCUGCACUCCAAGUGGGACACAUGAGAAGAGUAUUUUGGGCAUUUUAAUAAUGCUGGCCAUGUGGCUGAUCUGAGAUUAGUGGUUCUUUGUUAAUUGUCUGUGCGGGAUAAUUUAAAUGUAAUACUGUAUUAACAUUUAAUGGAACCUUAAUCAGCAACUGGUUGACCAAAUUGUGAUUUUAAAGGUGGCAGGUUUACAAUAUGGUAUGUUGUCACUCUUUCAUUUUAAAUAAAAAUGUUGGGUUUUUUUUAAGUUACUGAUUCGAUCACCACAGAACCUUGUAUUUAUUGUAAUAAUCGAUUUUUCAUUGGAAUAUUACGGUGUUACACUUUGUUUUUUGCUUGCAAGUAGCAAAAAUGAGAUUGAGGUUGUGCAGUCAACACUUAUGGUUUUACAAGUGGUGAAUGGGCUUUUAGGUCUGAACAGGGUUAGAACACAGAAUGAAAAAGCCGAGAUUGAAACAAUGGUGUAAAAAGCUGUUAUUUGCUUAUUCUGUGGUGAAAUACAAAAAUUUUAGUGACCUGUGGCCCUACAUAUCAUGGUGGUAUAGAGAGAGGUGGAAGUCCUUUAACUUAGUAUAAUCAAAUCAAAAGUCUUCAUUUGCAAUAUUGGAGUAAAGAAUAGCAACAUCUGCUAAGGUAUUUGGAAUAUGUAUUGUGUCAGUCUUAGAGUGGUCCUGCGAUGAACUUAAGAGGAUUAGGUUACAGAUUACAAUUUUCUUUAUUUAAUGACAGGAGGAGACAGUGUAAUACCAGUCUGUCUUUUUCAUCAUGAAUUUAAGAAAUUAAUUUAAGACUAAGUCCAUUUAUCUCUCUUACUUUCAUAUUCAGCUUACUUUGAAUUGCUUGCCAUCUCUUUGAUUUUAUGUAUUUAACAAUGGCACUUUAAAAAUACUGAUCACCUUACAGUUAAUUGUU